GAGCAGCGAAUGCUUUGGACCUAGGAUCAAAAGAAGAAACGAAAUGUGACGUGGAACUUGAGUUGUAAGAGACGAGGAGAGAUCAAGAGAGAGAUUUUAAACCGAUUGCGUUCUAGUGGCGGAUUCCAGCUCGUGAGGCCCCGUCCGAGGCUGGUGUCCGUCGUGUGUAAGACUCGGUAAGGCCCCUCGUAAGGGGAACCUGUAGAAGGGGUCGCCGACGUCUGAGGAAGGGAUACGGACAGGCGAAAGGGAAAUGCUGCGAUCUUUUUUUGUUCGUGCCCCGUUUUUUGACUUGUCGAUUCGAUCGAGUUUCAUUUGUCUUCGGCACUUCGAACACCGAGCAACACUGCUCCAUUGCGAAUUUCACGCAACCCGUGCAAAAUGCACCACGCGAAUCUUCAUAAGACUUUUUAACGUUCCUCUCAACGUCCUGAAGUCUUUGGGAACACCAACAAAAUCUUUUACUUUUGCCAUUUCUUUUCCUGCUCUCCCGCUAACGUUCUCGUUCGCUUUGAUAUUCGUACGCGCGACUCUCAUUAAAAAUUUUCAUCCGCGCAACAAGAUUGUUUCAUCUCGAAAACAAACAGCCACGAUAAGAAAAUCUGAGUGUGUCGCUGUGUUGUGAUUUUCGUUAAUCGACCACUGUGAAGUGCCGUCUGUGAUGUCUGUCGGAUUGGAAUAAAAGGAGCUAUCAGAAUGGAGUGGAGGCUUUGGUGUUUCCCAGUAGUCCUUCUGCUGUUCGUCACAGCUGACGCACUUCGUGGACCCAGCGCCCAGGGGGAUGAUCGGAAAAGUCCGGUAGGCAGGAGUCGCGGGAGUUCCAGAUUUGAAUCUGGAAAUGUUCAGGAAAGCGAAAGUACUCGGCCGACGUCAAAGAGCCGGCCUAGUCCGAGAAUUACAUCUUCCAGGAGAGGACUCAGGAUACAGAAUAAUGGAGAAUUGGCGAAUCCGACGAUGCAGGCUGAGCAGGAUGUUGUUCAGGAAGCAGCAAGUACUAGAUCCACCGUGCAGAGAAGAAGAACGCAUUUGGGAAACGUAGAAAGUUCUAGGCCGGAAGUGAACUCUGCACCGGAAGUUCGGAGAAGGAGUUCCUCUAGAAGACAAACCUCGGAGGAGAAAGUUCCUCGAGUAAAACAGGACACAAAGAACAAUGAGGAGAGAAAAUACCUUCCCGAGUCGGAUGCUGACACUAGAUCGAUUAAAAUCGAUUCGAUAGUCGAUCUCGACUUACCAAAACUCAGUCCGAAUAUUCGCACCGGAAGGGACUCGUCCAGAGGGAAACCGGAAGCUACUACGGAUAGACUGGACAAGACUGGACCUUCGGUCUUCUCCGGCGGAGUCGAGUACUCUCGUUCGAGAACCGGAAGGAAGAUUCAGACUUCGUACUCUCCUAAAGAUCUGGAACUUCCUGUUUCAGGUAAAUUUUCACGAAGACGAAAUGCCGAAACAACCACCGCCACGUCCAACAGAAGAAACCAGAGUAAUUCGAGGUCCAGCGGUAGACGUGAAAAUGUUCAGACAAGAAUCAGAAAUUUUAAUCCAUCUGUAAUGCAAAGGAGACAGGAUACAGCAUCUUCCGAAUCUGAAAGUAUCAGAGUCGAUAUACCUCUGAGUGUUGAGAUCACUGAAAUACCCUCCGACCCUGUUUCAUCAACUGUGACUGCUUCAAGAACCGAGUCCAGGAGAGUCGGUGCUACUUCAGGUAGGACUCGAGGGAGAUCUACUUCCGGUACUGAAAAUAAAAUCACCGAGAGUACCACUUCAGGAUCCAGAGGACAUUCUCGAAGAGGAUCCUCGAGAUUCGCGGAGCCAACUUUGGACACAACCGAGCGCGGCAGUACCACAAGCGUCAGGACUAUUGUCAAUAGGAAUUCCGAGUAUCUUCUACGAUCCAGAAGUCCUGAGACGAAAUCCAGGAACACGGAGAAGACCGAAUCUAGGACAAGAUCCAGAAAUAGGGGCGCCGACUCCACACUGGGGAUCCUUGAAAACUCAUCCAUACAACCGGAACUCAUAAAAACCACAACGUCCAGUGCAAAAACUGAGCCUGAACGAAGAUCUAGAGCACCGGAAAUCCGAUCUAGGAACCAAGCCGACGCUAAGACCGUGGUGCAGGAUGUGCGAGGACGAGCCAGAGGAAGAUCCAAAAUAGAAACAACGAAUAAAUCCGUACCGGAAAUCAUUAUAACUACUACUACCGAAGAAACUCCCACAGUCCCGGAAACUCUAACAAAUUUAGUUACGGUACAGGAAAUUCUAUCAACGACUUCACAGUCAGCGUCGUCUGUAGAGACAACAACUGAAGUCAGUACAGCAACCAGAGCAACUUCUAGAGGAAGAGGUCGCAAGACUCUGCAAGACCGGAAGUUACCCACAGAAGACAUCAUCAAUAAUAACUUAGGUUUCAGAGGUAGAUCAUCAUCGGUGACGGAUCCUACAACUACGGCGCGAUCCAAUACUGCUCGAAGGAGCAAGACUACUUCCGGAUCAUCGAAACCGGAAACACUUCCCAUAGAAAAUCCAGGAAGGACUGCUCUUAGGAGACGUCCUAGUCACAUAAAAGAUCCAGUAUUAGAAAGUACCACAUCGACGACUUCCACUUCGACGACUGAGCAACCAACGACUCAGCCUGUCGAAAUUAUUUCCAAGACUUUUGAAAGCACAACUUCCGGUUUCGUUGAGGUGGUCACCUCAACGAAAGGACCUAUCAGACGUGGAUUCAAGAGACUAAAUAUCCGUCCCAAGGACGAAAAGGAAGAGCUCAGUACAUCCUCUAGUAUAAAGUCUUCGGAGUCGGUGAAUAAAUCAGGAAGAAGAGGAAGCAAAUCUUCCAGGAAAACAGGAAGUGGACAAAACGGCGGUAAAAGUGAGAAAGCUGAAGCCGAGGAGAGUGACAAUUAUCCUGCGGAUUUCAAGGCGAGACUAGCUCAAUUGAAAAGCAAGGAGAACAAACCGGUCGGUUCAAAAACCACCGCCAGGCCUGGAGUACAGGACCGGCUGAAGAAGCUGCUCGAUCGACGCUUUAACAUCGAGGCGUCGCGACGUCCCCAACCCUCGGAGGAUACUGGUGACCUCACCGUUGCCGCGUCCGAAUACUUGCCCCCCGCUGAUUUGACUGUCGUACCGAUAAACACAACGCCCUUAUCGACAACACCCGUUAUGGAUAUGGAUAAGAAUUUUAUGAUCCAUACAUUUCACAGCGCCUUCAAGAAACCCGCGACGCUCUUCUCCACGCAGUCCAGACUAAAACUGGAAGCAGCGCAGAAGCUGGUCAAACCGGGACUCCUCGAGAACGACCUCCAGGUAGAACCAGCCACGACGAUAAUAUCCCUCGCGAAGAAGAGUACCGAGAGACCAACAAAGUUCAGCAUCUCCAGCAAAGGCAACGUGGAGCAGAUCACGCGGAGGGUACCUGCGCUCGAGGCUUCCAGCCUGGUCAAGCCAAAAUAUGCCCUGCAGAAGCAAAACCGUCUUUCCGGAAGCAGAGCAGCUUCCAGACCCGAGGAGUUCAGCACCGAAAAGAGUUCAGAUAAUUUCAUUGUCGAGAGGUCGACCAGGACGUAUAAUCCAAAGUCCAGGACGACCAGAGUAGUUGAGGAACCUGCCGUUGAGAGGGCUACGACCUCGAAGACCCUAGGAAUAAAGAGGCCCAAGUCGUUCGGGGCCGUGUCCCGAGAAACCGAGAAGGUCUUCGACCGCACUGUGCACCGGACCUUCCAGCAGAAGGUCACCGAUGUUCCCAACGAGGUCGAAGACCUUCCGACACCCCCAACUGCACCAGGCAGAUACACCAGAAAGAAGACCGAAGUUUUUCGGCCUUUCAAUCCCAUCCCGAAAAGCCUGAGUACGGCGGAUCCUCUCCUGUCCAGGAAGCGGGACUUCCGUCCACGUACCGCGACCUACAGAAGGCACUCGGAAUUACCCACGGAACCGGUAGAGUCGGCUACCAAUAACGAAGCCAUCAGCGUGGCCAUUACGCCAAGAAUCCCCAAAUUUCAUGCCACGAUAAAAACAAGCACUCCGGCGCCGAGAUCGGUCCCGGCCGAGCCUGUCCUGAGCGUCAGCGUUUCCGGCGACGCAAGCGCCCCCUCGCAAUCGGUAGGCAUCUCCGACAGUAGUAAUGGCGCUAGCGGAAGUGACGCGAGUAAUAUAUUCAGUCCGACCAGAAGUGCCUUCCUCGCGAGCAGGAACACGUCCCUCUUGGAGCAGUUGAGAAGCACAGUGGCGCCCCUUCUGGGAGCUCUUGGAACUAAGACGCCCGUGUUUUCCGGCGCCUACCGCAAUACCAACAGUGCAAAUUCGGUGGCCAGGAUCACACCCAGUGGAGCGCCGCCAAGAUUCAGCGCCAGAUACAAGGGUGCUGAACUCUUCGUCAGGAGACCCAACGUCUAUCGACCCACAGUGCCAUCCGUCACGAGUUCCACGACGCCCUUCGCGCCAGUCGAGAAUGCAGGCGCUCAGCCGCCGAUUGUCGUAACGAGUCCUGGGGAACCCAAGGUCGUGACCUUCUAUCAGGCUCUGGAGACUGCCAGUAUUACCAAUCAACUACAAACUGACAUACUGCAACAGCAACAACAGCAACUCGGCAGAGUUGCUCAGGUAGACGCGAACGCCACUGAUGGUGACACUAACGGCACAACUAACGCUAACAAUGACACCACAACAGUACCAACAAUAACAACAACAAUAACAACAACAACAAGUGACAAUUCACAGAGUACAGUAACAACAGCAGACACUACCACCAGCCAGCCAGACACAACACAGAGCCCUGAAAUCAGCCAGAGAUUAUUGGAAACCUCGACUGCGCCUACCGUUUCUACCGAUGAGAACACUCUGGUUACUACUUCCGUUCCCGAAAUGACUUCCGCGACAGUCACUGACCCUAACCAGACCACCCCUGAAGUCACAGAAACUACCCCUGCACAGACACCUGAACUCUUCUCGAGAUUACAAGAAACAACAACCGGCUUCUCAAUCUCUUCGGAGGAUCUAAACGAAAUAACAACUACUUACGGAGCAUCUAGAGACACUACUAUGAUCUCCAGUGAAAUUCCGGAAACCAUCCUUAUGCAGAAUUUGGAAGUCUCCUCCAAAUUGGUAGAGGUCACAUCAGUACCAUCUUCGAUGAUGGGUACGAUCACUACUCAGUUAUCUGAAACUACAACAAUGUCGACGACUGAACUUGCUCCAGUGGAUAUGGUUACCAAUCAGCCAGACGCGAUACAAAACUCGACGGAAGAGAGUAUUCUGGAUAGCUCUUCAGGAACUUCAGAAUUAAGCACGGAGAUGCAGAGCAAUAUGCAAACGACAGAAUUUCAAGAAACAACUCCCUCCGUGAUGGAUGCGAGUCCGAAUGUUUUGUCCCGGUUACAAGUGGAAAUCGAGACUGCGACGUCCGCAGCCGAAACGACGACAAGCGUCUUAGCUGAAACGACACAGAGCACUUCAGGAAGUGAUACCAUGAUCACCCCUGGGAUCCCUGAGUCCAGUACGCAAUUGUCGAGCCGCGUAGCGGAGUCUACGACUAUCGUCCAGGUAACGGAACAGCGGGAUGCCGAGAUCACGACGAUACCAUCUCCAAUAAAUUCUGAGGAUACGACAAGCACAUCACUAGUCAGUACACCAAUUACACUAACGACAGAGUCGGAAAACAACACUGCAGUCACCACAACACAAUCGGUUCUGGACGCGUUAUCUCUCGGGGAUGAAACUUCUGUAGGGACAGAUCGAAUUCCUGAUUCGACUGUUCCAACAGAUGCUGAUCAGGAUAGUGUUACUGUGGGACUUGUUAACGAUAACGUCGAACAAAUUCAACAGACGGUUGGUUCAGGAAAUUCUGAGACAACAUCGAACCCUGUUGCGAAUAACGAUAUGAAAAUAGAUACGGUUCCGCAAGAUCCUAGGGCUUCCAUUGUUUUAGAUACGACAACAGAAAAUUCGCAAACAACUAUCAGUGUAAUAAAUUCACGUUUAGCUCCAGUCGAACAAAAUUCUCAGAUUAUUGACGAUACAACGUUGGUAGGAGAUUCACUUAAUUCAAACGUUAUAGAUAUUACCACGCAGACGUCGCAAAUGCUUGGCGAUACAACAACUAUAAAUUCCCAAGACUCAAAAAUUGUUGACACGACUCUGAAAAAUUCACAAACGACACAGCAAAUGCUUAAUCUCGAAAGUACAUCUGCAACAUCAAUGACAACUCCAACGACAGAAAUCCCGUUAGAGAGCACUACGACGCGACAAGAUGUUGUCGUUGAAAAUACAACUCCGAUUUCGAUUACGAACGAGAACUCCAUGUUAGCGCAAUUAAUGACUAUGACGUUGAACUUCCCAGUACUUGAAGAUACUACGCAAUUAGUCACUUCUCAGGAGAAUAACAUAGACCCCAUCGCUACUACAACAACAACACCCAACAUUGUACAAACAACAUCUGAAAUUACAACAGAAAAUUCGUCUGAUAGUUUUCUACUCGGAGGAUUCCUAGAUAAUACAGAGAGAAAAGAUUUAGAAAUGAACGCGCAAACUACUCAAACAGCUCAAACAACAAUAACAAUACCCAUAGAAUUAAACCGAUCGGUUGAAACUUCGGCACAAACGGUAUCAGACACAACUGAAAAUACACAAAUAGUUCAGGUACCAGAAACUACCACAAUGACAUUAGAAAAUGUCGAACAAGCUACGAUGUCCAGUACAGCAGAAAAUACGGAAGCUGCACGGACAUCAGAAAAUACUAUAGUUCCUACAGAGAGUACAGAUCAAACGACAACUUUUACCUCAUUAGAAAAUUUCGAUGUAACUACAACACUGGAAAACAGAAUCCAAGUAGAAGUAGAAACACUGACCCAAUUCCAACAAUCGGUAACACAAGACACGAACAAUUCCGAUACAACACCCGAGAUCACAGCCAGACUCUUAGACAUAACAAUGAGUCCCAUGCAGCCCACCAGCCCCGUGACUCAAGCACAAGAGAGAACAACACUAAUAACAACCACACCAAUCAUAACGGAGCAGGCUCAAACGAAUCUAGGAAGCGACACCACCACCGAAGUCACAACUAACCAGCAAAUCGAAACAACCCUCACGACCACCCCUACUACCACAACCCCUAACCUAACAAGCGAUACUCCAACUAUGCUUGACCCUUUGCAGGACACUACUACGCCAGCAACCGCCCAAAGGACGGCAGGUGACCAGGCAACCACACAACCUGACCAAACGACUUCUCCUAGUAUACCCGAAACAACAACCAUGGCUUCCAUGACAACCAUCGGUUCGUCAUCUUCGUCCUUGUCGUCCUCCGAUUCCCCUCCAACCACAACGACCGUUGUGUCUACGACUGAUACGACACUAGAGACAACCACGGAAACGCCGACAACUUCUCCAGCGAUGAUUGCUGAUCUUAUGGCUACGGCGGUACCCGAAACAACUACGGUGGUCAGUGAAACAACUGUACCGGAAAUGACUACGAGCCAAUCCGAGACAACCAUAAGUCUAGAUGAUAAUAUCAUUCCGGAUUCACUGGAUGCCACGACUAUAGCUGCUGCCGGAAUUGAUACGACCACAACAUCUCCCAUGACCACCCCCAUAGUGGAUAUCAUGCCCAGGAUAAACACUGGAGAAACUACAACAACCGACUCCAGCAACACGAGUAACACUCAAACGACAACCACUUCAUCGAGUUCUGCGAGUACCACUACGCAGUCUCCCACUGUGAUAACCACGAUGAUGGACACAACAACUAUUCCUAGUGCAACAACGACGGAAGUCACUACCAUGGCUGCGACCAUGGCUAAUACAGCAUCUAGCACUACCACGACUACUCAACAGCCCCCAUCAACGACUCAAUACCUUGGUCGGUUCGGCGGUAGCAGACUGACACCAGCACCGCGAUUCAGCUCCAGUUCCUCGACCGCAGCUCCGUUAAGAGACUACGUGGUUUAUGGGAUCUAUCCAAACAAAACCAUAGUGCGUAAGCGGCCCGAGGACAAUCUGAUCGACGCCAGGAACGUUGACAGUCCUUAUGUCAUAUUCGGGAUCUACCCCGAUGGCAAGCUGGUACGCAAGUUCCCGAACGGGACCAUAAUCCCGGACCCACCAAGGAACCCCGUGGAAGUCGUGUUCUCGCUUCGUACUACCACUAGCACCACUAACCGGCCCGGCCCUGUUUUCUAUAACCAGGCUAACCAAGGCUAUUAUAACCAGAACGCUGCACUCUAUAAUAACCGUCCCGUAGCCAACCUCGACCAGCAAAAUGGUUUUGGUGACUUCAAUCUCGGAUUUACCGGUAAUGCGAUUGGUCCUACUGGAGGAGCCAGACCCGAUUUCACGAGCGUUGGUAGAACGACCGUCACCAGGAAAAUGAGCGAUGUUUUAUUAAACACGCAAAUGGGAACACGCGCGAAUACUGCGUCAGAAAUAGCCGAUUUGCUACCAACCUCACCAAACUCAAAUUUGGGAUUAGCCAGUACGACUGGGGUGCCAUCGUUGAGUGGAAAUUUGCAGGGUGGUAUGAUAAUACAAGAUACUGAAAAGGACGAGGCUACCAGGAGCAAAGAAAGUGGAAAUCAACGCACUUCGGUUUACAUUGGACAGGAAAAAUUCAUUAACUACUGGAGCGACAGUACUCCCAAUACGAACCCUCGGGUUUUGAGCGUUAAAAUAAAUUCCGCCGCCACCUCAGCUAAUGUAGGACCCGCGUCCGCAUCAGCAUCCAUACCGUCCUUUGACAUUCUGUCCAAUGGCCAAUCAGGCGGUCAGGUAACGGCGCCGCCUGGAUUCCCAUGGCAAGAUCCUCUGGAUCAGAUUUUUGGAAUUACCACAGAGUCGUCUGUACGAGCAGCUUCCGUUGCGUCAAACACUUUGGACGAUACCAGUAUUUCCGUCAACGGUUCCAUCAUAGUUAGGCCCAUUAAUCCUUUCGUCGAGGUUUUCACUCCGGUCUCCAGCACGAUUGACUCUACAGUGACAACAUCGACAACAACAACAAUGGUACCUACUACAACGAGUGUAGCUCCUAUCACUACUACCACCAGCUCUACGACAACUACUACCGAAGCGCCAGCGACUACGACGCCAGCAACAACAACAACUACUACAACAACUACUGCAGCUCCCACUACAACCACAACGACAACCACUACCGCAGCACCUACGACAACUACAACCACAACUGCAGCUUCAACAAGUGCAGAGCCAAUUAUGUCAACCGAAUCAAGCAUACCUAAAAAUCCGUCUACAAUGAGUUUUCAGAAGCAGAACGCCUUUGGUACAACUUACGAUGAUCUGGCACUUCUUAAUGCCUUGUUGCAGACACCAAAUUCAGGCACUUCGGCCCCCAAGCCACUAUCGCAAGCAGAACAGCUACUGGCUAAUAAGAUUCUCUCCUUGGCUCUUGGGAAUCCAGGACCGACAAGAUCGCCCAAGGCGAUCGGACCGGCAAAUGCUUCUCCAAAUUCGCUGUUUCCGGUUUCGACGGUACGACCGUCAUCGGAACCAGUUAUCAUUGAUUUGAUACGUUCCACGACAAGGAAACCAAUCACCACUACAGCUCCUAUUACGUGGAAACCGGUACCGAUCGUUAAACCAGUCUCAAAUCUUGAAAAAUCAUCAGCAACCGAAAGCACCGCCGGUCCUUUCACUUGGAAGCCAGUACCUACCCUUCCGACUACAGGAAAUCCUAUUAGAAGUACGCAAACAUUAGCAAGUAGUACUACUAAAGCAACAAGCACCAGUGCAGCGCCAGUCGUUAUUACGGCUAGGACUGUAACUACUCCAAGACCAAGAAAAACCACUACGGUUCCACCUAGGCUAGGCUUUGGCGCAGGCUUCCUGGAAGCUCUCUUUGGCGGAAGUCUAUUCGGAACUGCAACUACCCAAAAACCGGUUCCGACUACAAGAAAAGCCGUAACAGCAAGAACAACGACAACGACGACGACAACAACAACAACAAUAACGACGACGACGGCAAAGCCAACAACGACUACUGCAAAGACAACUGGCGCUCCGCCCAUUCCAAAUAAUUUGAAGACUUCGGGUUCGAUUCAGAGGAAUGUCGAAGUGAAGCCGAGAAUCGUGGACGUGUCGAAGAUUCAUGUGGUCACGCCCAAUAGUAUUCUGUCGGCGAGUGAGAAGCCAAUUUCCCCGUCGAUUCCGACACUGCUGAACAAUCCUAAUCCAAGAGUUCCAACACUGCCGAGCUCGACGUUCUCACCGGAAGAAGAUGCCAGGUUCCUGGCGGCGCUCCUGAAGAAUGCACAAGCAGUAGGGAAUUCCGGAACUAGCGCUGGAUCGCCUGCACCGAUUUCCAAGGAUGACGAAGCCUUCCUUAGGGCCAUUUUAAGUGGAAAGGCCAAGGUCGAGCCAGCCACUUCCGGGAACAAUGACGCUGCCUUACUGGCAGCCUUUCUUAAGGCUCAGGGUAUAGAACCAUCCACACCGGCGAACAAAAUCCGAGAGGAUCUUCGUCUAGCUAGUCUGCAGAAGAAUCAGGCCACUCCGACCAGAUCCUCCGACGGAUCCUUUAACACGAAUAAACCCAGGACGACGACGCAGUGGUCCCCAAGUUCGACCUAUCCUCCGCCAUUCUUCGGCCCUUUGGCCAAUUUAGGAAGUUCUCUCGGAGUGGGGCAAUCGACGAGCACCAGGAAUGGCGACGACACAGUGCGCAGUCAAGUGGUGAACGCUGCCAUUGGCGCCACCAAGGCUUUCAGUCAGUUCCUCGGUGCUGCCAUCACGGGCGCAGCACAACAACUUCAGUCCUUCGUGAAGAACGGUACGAGAUACGUCUCUGACGUGGUCGGAUAAAUAUCGCAGCCUUCGUUCUUCGCAAGAUGGACAUCGGCUACACUCCCGCGCGAUCAAUUAUCCGGAAGUCACGCUAUCAUUUGCCUAUUAGUCAAUUAGCAUUUAAUCCUGCUGAUUAUCAGAACCUGAAUUUCGCUUCGAUUAAUCUCAGAGAACAGAGUUCCUAAGAGUGAAGCAGUUUAAAAUCUUUUUUUUUUUCACUGACCAAUCACAAGGAACUCCAUUUAGCGAUACCUAAUCGCGACGCAUCGCAGCGGGAGCUACAGAGAAAUAUUUCGAAUUCAAAAAUUCGAAUCUCCCGCCAUUUGACAUUUUUCAUUCUUGCGCUAAUUAUAUUAUGCCCACGACUCUCCUCGAGAGUAGAGAAUUGCCUUUAAAUUCAAUUGGACACGUUUCAUCUUCUUUGUUUUUAAUAUUUCUAUUCGUUUAUUUUUCUUCCUGCAUUCUGUGACGUUUCCUAUCGACGCGCUUUGCAAACGUCUCUGGAGUAUUGCCCCACGCAGGACGCAACUGGAAAUAUUCCCUGAGACAUUUGUAACGUUGAUUUGUAAUUAUUGUAAUUAAUGAUUUUAUACGCGGACAUGGCGUUCCGCCUCGCACGCGCCUUCGCGUACUGUGACAAUUGUCGGCGUCCCGACGCCACCGUUCGUACAGGUUAGGAGGCCAUAAGCAGAUCAAACCUUCGGCUGGAGCUAAAGUCGACGAUUCUAGAAAGUAACGGCUGGUGAAUAACUUAAAUAAACUAUAUACAUAUGUAUACACUUGUCAUUAAGAAGUACAGCGACAAGGAAUGACUAUGUUUUGUAUAAAUAAUGUAUAUGUAUGACGUUUCAUAGUAGAAUGCUGUGUUUUGUAUAAUAAACUUAGAUAAGUUGUA